AUAUUCCAUUGGAAAACACUGCUGUCACUGACUUGUAAACAACAUGUUUAGGUUACGUUUUACAAAGGAUAUUACUGAAAAAAAUGAAUACAUUUUCAUAUCUUCAACCAAAUUUAAUGACCACCGAACAGUUACGGGAUCAUUUGAAAAUCAGAUUUCCAAAUCAAAAUGUAUCUCUGCUACAACGGGGCGAAUUGUUGAAGUUAUUUUCGAUGUAUGCAGUGCCAAAGGCACGACGAGGCACAUCAAAUGGGGAUAUUGAAAUGAAACCCGUUACCAAUACAAAUGUGGCGAGUCGAAAUGAGUACAAACGACCAAGACAUCAAUUAAUAACACCACCAACAGUGGAAACUGUUACAAAUGCUUGCAAAAAAAUUCGACUAAUCAACAAAAACAUCGAGGGCGUGAGCCCAAAUAAUAAACGACAGUGUAAUCCAUUGCCGAUGGAAAGUGAUCAAAGUCAAACAUACACACCGCCAGAAUCAAAACGAAAGAAAAUAACAUGGCCAUGACUGGAUGAUAUAUUUCAAGCAAAUUAAUUUAAAUAACAUGAGAGUUUAAAAAAGACUAUGAAAAAAGCAGAUUAGUUUUAAAUUGAUUGUUGAUUCAUAUAUGUAGAUGAAUUUUUUUCAUACAAUGAUUUUUAGAUAGGAUAGAUGCGAAAGAUCUCCGCAAGAUCCAGAUCCAAGCGCGCGUACGCUGCCGCAUGAUGCAUACAUAUAUAAUACGCACGCAAAUUCGUUAUUCUUAUUUCCCCUUCUUUGAUUCGCAUGCCAUAGCAUU